AUGGCUACAGGAAUCGAGCUGCUUGUGGCCGCCGCACUGUGCCUGGCCUGCCCACCGAUUAACGAUACCCUGCCAGCGGAUCUGAUACAACUUAACGAGGAUGGGAGCCUGGUCACGGAGCUGCCCAUUGAUGUGGAGGCGGCGAAUGUGGGACUGGACGGGGAUGCGCCCAUAGAAACGCUGGAGGUGAUACGCAACAAAAAGGAGAAGCUGCGCAACAUGAGGGAGUGGAUAAAUGGGAAACAUCUGCGCAUUGCCACGCUGGAGGAUUAUCCAUUGAGCUACACCGAAAUGCUCGACAAUGGCACUCGGGUUGGCCGCGGUGUUUCAUUUCAGAUCAUUGGCUUCCUCCAGGAGAAGUUCAAUUUCACCUACGACGUGGUUGUGCCGCAGGACAACAUAAUUGGUUCCACGGCAGACUUGGAUCGCAGUCUAAUCGAAAUGGUCAACAAUAGCCUGGUGGAUCUGGCCGCCGCCUUUAUACCCUCGCUGUCUGAGCAGCGCACCUUUGUCUUCUAUUCCACGACCACACUGGAUGAGGGCGAAUGGAUUAUGGUUAUGCAACGGCCGCGGGAGUCUGCCGGCGGCUCUGGUUUGCUGGCGCCAUUCGAAUUUUGGGUCUGGAUACUCAUCUUCGUCUCGCUGCUGGCCGUUGGGCCCAUCAUUUAUAUGCUGAUCAUUAUACGCAAUCGCCUGACGGGCGAUUCAGUGCAGCAGCCCUAUUCCUUGGGCCAUUGCGCCUGGUUCGUCUACGGUGCACUGAUGAAGCAGGGCAGCACCCUCUCCCCCAUCGCAGAUUCGACACGCCUGCUCUUUGCGACCUGGUGGAUAUUUAUUACAAUUUUAACCUCGUUUUAUACCGCCAAUUUGACUGCAUUUCUGACCCUUUCAAAGUUCACACUGCCCUUCAACACGGUGAACGAUAUUCUCACAAAGAACAAACACUUUGUAUCCAUGCGAGGGGGCGGCGUGGAGUACGCAAUACGAACGACCAACGAAUCGCUUUUCAUGCUCAAUCGCAUGAUUCAGAAUAAUUAUGCUGUAUUCACGGAUGCCUCCAACGAUACUUACAAUCUGCAGAACUAUGUGGAGCGCAAUGGAUAUGUGUUCGUGCGGGAUCGGCCAGCGAUCAAUAUAUUGCUGUAUAGGGAUUAUUUGUAUCGCAAGUCAGUCAGCUUUCACGAUGAGAAGAUUCACUGUCCGUUUGCCAUGGCCAAGGAGCCAUUUCUGACCAAGAAGCGAACUUUUGCCUAUCCCAUUGGUUCGAAUCUCAGCGAACUCUUCGACCCCGAACUUCUCAAUCUGGUAGAGUCCGGCAUUAUCAAGCAUUUGUCGGCCAGGGAAUUGCCGAGCGCCGAAAUUUGCCCACAGGAUCUGGGCAGCACCGAGCGCCAGCUGAGAAACGGUGACCUCAUGAUGACCUAUUACAUAAUGCUGACCGGCUUUGCCACUUCACUGGUCGUGUUCACCACGGAGCUGCUGUUCCGCUACAUCAACGGCCGGCACGAGGCCAACAAAUGGGCGAGACACGGCAUCGGACGCACACCCAAUGGCCAGUCCGUGCGGCCAUCGCGUUGGCUGCGCGGCCUGCGGCGCCUGCACAGCGGCGACAAACCGCUGCUGGGAACCUCCACAGAUGCCCAGAAUGUGACCCCGCCGCCACCAUACCAGAGCAUCUUCAAUCAUGGCGGCGAGCAUCUGCACGGUGGCCAGCAGCGCUGGCGGCAGGCCGGCAGGGAGCACGGCCUAAUUCUGGGCGGGCAUCACAACGGGGCCGGAGUGCGACGCCUGAUAAAUGGGCGCGACUACAUGGUCUUUCGCAAUCCGAAUGGCACCAGUCAAUUGGUGCCAGUUCGAUCGCCAUCGGCAGCUUUGUUUCAGUACACAUAUACGGAGUAGUCCAUUUGGAAUUUUAUAACAUUUUUGCAUUCUUUUUUUAGGGAUCUAAGCCCCUUUAAGAUAGAAGACAAAAUAUUUCUUAAGAUACAAACACAAUUAGAAGCACCCGAGCACAGAUAGACGUAGACAAUGUUUUGGUGUAGUUUAAAAAGUCCUCUAGAAAACGUGCGAGGUGUGCUUAAAAAGUAAGGGACAGUUCAUGAUAUUAGAGAACUAUCCGAAACGUUUUGAGUACAGCUCGUGGAUUUAAGGAGUUAUUUGGAACUUUGAUGUUUUUCAAGCGGAGUUUUAGGAACAUUUGCGAAUGCCGUAGAUUAAAGAUACUUGCAGACUUAUAAGUACGGUGUACAAUAUACUUAUAUCUAUACCCAACCCAAUUUCACAUAUAAAAGCUUUCCCAUAAUAUAUGUAGAUUUCAUAUAAAGAGAAGAUAGCUUGAGAUUUGGAUAAAGAUCAAAAUUAGAAAUGCUUGAUGGGUUCGAAUAUGCCACAGUUCGUGACAAAUGUUGAAUACCCUGCAAAGGGAAUUGAACUUUAAAUCUAUGUGAUUUAUCUAGGGGCUUCAUAUAAAGUGAAGAUAGGUGGAGUUAUAGAUGCUGAUCAAGAAUAUAAAAAGUUGAAGGGAGUUGGAAUAUCUCACGAAAAGU